CACUUUCACUUUCCAAACAUCACUUGAAGUGUACUUCCGUGCUUGCGGGAUAUCUAUAAUAUCUUUGAAAAUAACAUUAAUAACAACUUAUUGCCUACAGUUGAAAACGUUUUCAUUACGUCCUCUACGUCCUUCUUCCAAACGCGCGUCUAUCGGUGUGUGCAUUCGUCUGAAUAAAUCAAUCCGCCCGGGGUCUGUAUUGAAAUGUAAAUAGACUACAUAAUGUCAAUCAAACGUUAAUUUAUCAGUGUAUAUAUAUGCCACCCAAUAUGAACCGGAUCGUUCAUUAUUAAACUAUUAAUAAUAUUCAGUGACCUGGUAAAUAUUUGAUUUUUUCGACAAAGAAAACUGUUUUGAAGAAGUCUGCGCCAAUGGACCCGUUAAAUUUUCUGACCGAUGAGGAGUUACUGCGGUUUUUCCGCUGUAGUAGGACUGAGAUGUCGUGCAUGGAGCAACCACACACAUUUCUUAACCAGCUCCGAGACCACCACCUCAUUCCGGAAGAAAUGUACAAGAAGCUGAUUCGGAUUAGGAGUAAGGAUGUGAGGGAGAAGGGUGUGUACCAGGUGUUGGACUGGGUGGAGGCAGAGAGGCCCGACAGCAUCAAGGUGUUCUGGAACUGUGUGUUCAGGGACCACCUCCUGCAGCAGUACCCCACGUUACGCCUGCUCCGAAACCGCCUGCUGGAUGGGUCGUUCACAUUCUAUGAGAAACUGCCAAAGAAGGCUUCAGCUGAAGGAGAAGAGGAGGAUGAGGAAGAGGAGGAGGAGGAUAAAAAGAAGGCUUCCGAGGAAGGAGAUGAGGGGGAGAAGGAAGAGGAGAAAGAGGAGGAGGAGGUGAAAACAAGGAAAAAUAGUAAAGAGAAAGAGAGAAGUGAGAGUGCUGAGGAGGAGCAGCCCAGCACAUCCACCCAGUCCAACCCCAGUCAGAAGAGGAAAGUCCAGAGUCCGACCAACUGUUUUGCUUCCAGGAAGGGGGAGAAAGAUGACAUCUGGACCUGGCCCAUCUACAAGACCCAGCUCCCAGUCACCUGUGGGGACAAAGAAGGCAUUCUCAUCAGGAACAAGCUGACCAAAGGGGAGAGGUGCAUUGUGGUCCAGGGUCGCUGGUUCACCCCAAGUGGCUUUGAGGAAUUUGGGGGGAAGAAGAGCAGUAAGAAGUGGAAGUACAGUAUCCGCUGUAGCGGCACCACUCUGGGAGAACUGAUCCAGGAAGGUCAUUUAACUUCACCAGACUUUAAAAGAAGAAAAAGUGCACAGGAUCACCGCCCUGGUUCCUCGUCCACGGUUCGGAGGUCCCUACAAAUGAAUAGAACGAGAGCACUGUUUCCCUCCAACCAAUCAGUGGGCUCAAUCACACAAUCUGAGGAGGAUGACGAUGAGGAGGAGGACGAGGUAGCGGACGAAGCAGAGCAGGAAAGAGAGGAAGGAGAGAGAGAAGAGCAGGCAAACACUGCUGAAGGAGGGAGCAGGAAAGGAGGCAGUCAUGGUGCUGUGAAAAAGUCUGUCUUCAAAGUCACCUGUGGAGACAUCAAUGGGAUGCUACAUAAGGAUCGGUUUGCAUCAGGGUCGUGUGGAAAGAGCAUCCGUACGGAGCUGCGCUGGAUGACCCCGGUGGAGUUUGUGAAGGGGGAGUCAGCUCUGGAAGAUCCAUCCUGGAAGAACGACAUCCAGUGGGAUGGGAAACCACUCAGCCACCUCAUCAAGAGUAAGAUCUUGGUCAUCCACUCUCUCCUGUGUAAGUGCAAGCUGUGCAGCUCCACAGCCAAAGACAGGGAUAACGAUGACGACUGCUUCAUCUGUAGAAGCUGGGGUAGCUUGAUAUGCUGUGAUGAGUGUCCUCGCUCCUUCCAUCAGAGAUGUCAUCUUCCUAAUGUGGAUGACGCUAUGCUGGGGGAUGAUCGUCCGUGGUUGUGUACAUUCUGUGUACUGAGGGCCAGUCAGUCGUGGCGUUACCCCACACAAAUUACCUACGAGGAAGCCUUGAACUGCCGAAUCUCUGACCACCCACUGGAAUGCCAGUACCUCCUGCUGUGUCUCUACCAUGCAGAUGAGGACCACAUCUUUGUGAAAGAUCCUUGCAUCAAUGUGAGAAACUACACCAGUGUGAUAAAGACCCCUAUAUGGCUGGACAGGGUUGUGGAGAAGCUGCAGCAGAAUCUCUACCAGUCGGUGCAACACUUUGUGUCUGAUGUGUUGCUUAUCUUCACCAACUGUGCCACAUUUAACAGGGACAAUGCAGAGUUUCGUGUGAUGGGCGAAAGAUUGAAGGAUCUAUUUGAGAGAGAGUUCAAGAGUACAUUCAGCAUCCAACUUCAGCAUCCAACUGCAUCCAACAGCCAGUAGAGCCUGUACUGUACUCUCACUAUUUUUUAUAUUUAUAUCUAUAUACAGCAUGUGCAAAUGAGGUAGGAUAAGAGAGGUAAGGCAAUAAAUAGGCCAUGGUGGCGAAGUAAUUACAAUAUAGCAAUUAAACACUGGAAUGGUAGAAUGUACAGAAGAUGAAUGUGCAAGUAGAGAUACUGGGGUGCAAAGAAGCAAGAUAAGUAAAUAAAUACAGUAUGGGGAUGAGGUAGAUUGGAUGGGCUAUUUACAGAUGAGCUAUGUACAGGUGCAGUGAUCUGUGAGCUAUGAGACAACAGGGAAUAUUCACCAUGCCCUGGUCUUUCUAUACAGCCUUCAUACAGACUUGCAUGUACAUUGUUAUACAUCUAGUCAUUUCAUUAAUUUAUUUAAUUAAUUCUUACAGUCAAAAUGGGUGUGUCAUAAUAAUUUAAAUAUAAUGGUGAUAAAAUUUCAUUUCACCUCUCAUGCAAGAAAGAGCCUUAGAAUGUCUUACCUUCCAGGUUCUUACUUCUGGUUUGGGCUCACUAUAUUUAUGUUCAGGGAUUCUGUUGAAAAUAAACUCAUGAAUUUCUGAAACAUUGUAGAA